AUGGCGACCGAAGGCACAGCAACUCCCCAGCCCGCAGCGCCCGUUCCGGAACCCGCCGCUGGCCAGGAUGCCGCCGCUUCUCGCGAACAAGAUAUCAACCCGUGGUCUGUCGAAGGUGGCCAGGACGAAUCUGGACAGGUCGUUGCGAUUGAUUAUAUCAAUCUGAAGUGGAACACUCAACUUAUCGACGACAAGAUCCUCGAGCGCUUCGAGCGCCUAACCGGCAAGAAACCCCACCGCUGGCUUCGUCGCGGCCUCUUCUUCAGCCACCGCGAUUUCGACAAGAUCCUCGACAAGUAUGAAAAGGGCGAGCCCUUCUUCCUCUAUACGGGUCGUGGCCCAAGUUCCGGCAGCUUGCACCUGGGACACACCAUCCCUCUGCAAUUCACGCGCUGGUUGCAGGAGGUGUUCGACGUACCCCUCGUAUUCAUGUUGACGGACGACGAAAAGGCCCUGUUCAAGGACUCUCUCACUUUUGAAGAGACGUACAAAUACGGUCUGGAAAACGCAAAGGAUCUUAUCGCCCUCGGAUUCGACGUCAAGAAGACCUUCAUCUUCAGCGAUCUCAAAUACGUCUCCAACCAUAUCCUCAUGAACGCCUGGGAAUUCUCCAAGCUCGUCACCUACAACCAGGUUCGUGGCGCCUUCGGUUUCAACGAGAGCACCAAUAUUGGAAAGAUCUUCUUCCCUUCCGUCCAGUGCGUCGCUGCUUUUGCGACGUCCUACCCCGAGCUCUGGACCGAUGAGCCCCUCCAGGAGCGCACAAAGGAGAUCGCCAGCAUCCAAUGUCUCAUUCCCAUGGGCAUUGACCAAGAUCCUUACUUCCGUCUCCUAAGAGACAACGCUUCGAGGAUGAAGAACCCUUCGCCCAAGCCGGCGUUGAUUCACUCCAAGUUCUUGACGGCGCUACAGGGGCCUGGAGGAAAAAUGUCUUCCUCGAACCCCAACUCCGCCAUUUUCAUGACUGAUACUCCCAAGCAAAUUAAGACCAAGAUCAACAAGUACGCCUUCAGCGGCGGCCAAGAAACCCUCGAGCUCCACCGCGAACUCGGCGGCAACCCCGACGUUGACGUAUCUUACAUCUACCUCACCUACUUCGAGGACGACGACGAGAAGCUCAAGGAAGUCUACGACACCUACAAGAAGGGAGAGCUCCUAACCGGUGAGUUGAAGAAGAUGGCCAUCGAGCUCCUCCAGCAGUACGUUGCCGAGUUCCAGGAGAAGAGGAAGGAUGUCACCGACGAGGUGCUUGACGAGUUUAUGAGGCCUAGGAAAUUAGAGUCCAAGGGGAAUACGCAGCUUCAGGCUAAGCUGGCCAACUUGGCUUUGAGGCAGCAGAAGAAGAAGAAAUAG